CCAAACAACCAUCGGGAAUCCCCUGCUUUAAAUUUCUAUAUUCCACAAAAAUAGCGUAACAGAGCAAGAAACACAGAGAAAAAGAAAACCCCAUAAUCAUGGCUCGAUUAACAUUGGUCUCCUCCAUCAUCCUUAUGCUAUGCUGCGUUGCCGCAGCAUCAACUUUCGAGGAUUCCAACCCUAUUCGGAUGGUAUCCGACGGUCUCCGUGGCUACGAGUCCUCUGUUCUUCGUGUCAUUGGCCAUACACGUCACGCUAUCUCCUUCGCCCGCUUUGCUUACAAGCAUGGAAGGAAGUACGAGACGGUGGAGGAAAUGAAGCUUCGGUUUCAGAUUUUCAAAGAGAAUUUGGAUUUGAUCCGAUCCACUAACAAGAAAGGCUUAUCUUACACUCUUGCUGUUAAUCGGUUUGCUGAUUGGAGCUGGGACGAGUUCCAAAAACACAGGCUUGGAGCUGCUCAAAACUGCUCAGCCACCACAAAGGGCAAUCACCAACUCACUGAUGUCGUCCUCCCUGAAUCGAAAGAUUGGAGGGAAGCAGGCAUUGUCAGCCCUGUUAAAGAACAAGGCUCCUGUGGAUCUUGCUGGACAUUCAGUACCACUGGGGCACUAGAGGCUGCUUAUCAUCAGGCAUUUGGGAAAGGGAUCUCUCUAUCAGAGCAGCAGCUAGUGGACUGUGCUGGAGCCUUUAAUAACUUUGGUUGUCACGGAGGGUUGCCGUCUCAAGCCUUCGAAUACAUCAAAUACAACGGUGGCCUCGACACUGAGGAAGCUUACCCUUACACUGCUAAAGAUGGUAAAUGCAAAUUCUCACCUGAAAAUGUGGGUGUCCAAGUCAUUGACUCUGUCAACAUUACCUUGGGUGCCGAAGACGAAUUGAAGCAUGCAGUCGCGUUGGUCCGGCCGGUUAGUGUCGCGUUUCAAGUUAUCACUAGUUUCCGGUUUUACAAGACUGGGGUUUUCACCAGUGACAAAUGUGGUACCACUUCCCAGGAUGUGAACCAUGCCGUUCUUGCAGUUGGAUAUGGUGUUGAAAACGGUGUUCCGUAUUGGCUCAUCAAGAACUCAUGGGGAGCUCAAUGGGGUGACAAUGGCUACUUCAAGAUGGAGAUGGGAAAAAACAUGUGUGGUGUGGCAACAUGUGCAUCAUACCCUGUUGUUGCUUGAUCUUGAGUGAUUGUCUUGACUUCUGUCACUGCUUUGUGUUUUAAACUAUGGUCUAAAAAUGUAAGGGGUCAAUGUCAUGGUACAUGUUGAAGGUGCUUGGUUUAAUAUACAAUAAUUUCAAAGACAUAAUCUGUUGUACACAACAAAGACAUUAAUGUAAAUCUUAUCUUUGAAA